AUGCACUUCCCAUUUUCGAACCCAGUGCAUAGGCAAAUCGCGCAAGUGUACUCCACGAUCAGCAAUCCGGCUGAAACCUUCCUACUCUCCAUCCCGGCCGAACUUCGCAAUGAGAUCUACGAAUACGUACUCGUAGACGACGAGCCCGUUUUGCUCGUGGAAAACGCAGAAGACUCAGUCAUCAAGGCCAGAGGCUUCGCGGGUAACUCAGCCAUCCUUCAGACCUGCCGUCAGAUUUACCAUGAAGCAAUCGGCGUUCUCUAUGGUCAAAAUGUGUUCCGAUGCAACUGGGAGGUGUUCUCCGAGCGUGACUAUUUCAACACUGUCAUCUUCGAUCCUAUGGAGACAUGCCAUCAGUGGAUGCAACAUAUCGGAUCAAGUCUCUCAAAAUUGCGUACCAUUGCCAUCAAUAUGGAAACACCGGAUAUACCCGCUGAUUCUCCUGGUCACUCUCCAUCGGAAGACUUCGACAUGUAUCACAGUAGGGAAAUCACGAUUUUGCCUUUGCUCGACAUCUUAUGGAACGGAGUGGCAUGCGAUCUGUCAGUUCGUUUCGAGAGUAGUGGAAAUCCCGUACAUCCCCACUCUGACGUCAAACUCCUCACCAAGGUCCUGUAUGAGCUGGGAAAGAUGGACGCACUCAAGUUGAAGAACGCGCGCCGUUUGCUAAGGGACGUCGUAGUGGCUCCAAACGGCAAGCAGGGUACCAUCUGCUUUCUAACGACUAGUGACAAGGUCAGUGCCAGCCGGCAAUUCCUAUUGUCGGAGAAGACGCGGGAGUACGAAGUCGCGCUAAGCCAACCGAAAUUUCUAGAUCUGGGUUUCAACAUUCUUGCGUCUAUUGCUAGGUUUGCGCUCAGCAACCAUGAGGUCACACACAACUUCUACACAGGUGUUACAUCUCGCCACGCUUUCGGUAUGCUCAACGUCAAUACCCAAACCCGCUUGAUGGGGCUUGUAAACUUCCACCACAGGAGCAUCAUCAUCCUAGGCUCAGACACUCUUCGGUCUUCCGAGGCCAUGUUCGAUGGACUUGAACGCCGCAUUGAGCAGCAUUAUAACCGCUCGAACCAAAGGCUGUCGCACUGUACACCAAUUGCAGUUUCUCAGAUAUCCCUGAUUGCGCCGACCAUCGUUCUGCAGUUCCAGACGGAUAAGCCGCUAAGUCAGGCGAAAGUUCGCAUCAACGCAAGGGAUCUGCUGCGGGCUACCUCCGUCUUCCCAGCCUAUACUACAAUCAUCGUCCGCGUAUGUGGUGUGGAUGAGACCCAGGACCACACCACAAGAUUGGGCACGAUCCGAAAGCAUGUCUUGGUUCUGAUGGAACACUCACUGAGGAUCACACUGGCAGUUCGCGAGCCCAUGGUAGAGAUCGAGCUAAACCAUGACUGUCUUCCUGUGCGGGUCACCUCCUGGGGCAAACUAGGAUUCCUUAGUGAUGUUCGGAAUCACGACAGGACAGUGGAAACAGUGGAUAUUGCUUGGUUGCAGGAGAUGGUGAGGGCGAGGACGUGGACACCGGAAAGGUACAUGCAUGGGUUCGUGAGCCACGACAUGCCAAAAGGCUGGGAUGGCGAGACGCGAUAUAGCCUUAUCAAGUGUCUCAAGAACCUUUGUUCGUGA